AUGUCGAUUCUUCGCUCUACCGUUGGGGCCUUGCUGGCCUCUGGCAACGUCCUCCAGUCUUCUAGCGUGCCUGUCAGCAGUCAAGCUCAUGUCCACACGGCUGUCUGCAGUACAAGUCUUGGAUUGACUUCAGUCGCUUCCGUACCUACAACCACUAUUACUCAGCGCAUCCAUGACCCGUCGCCCGUCGUGGUCUUUAGCACAAUUCAUGACACCGUUACCGUGACUCCAACGGAGUCAACCCUGACGGCGACGGACUAUGAAACCACCACUGUCACUUCUACCGCAAGCACUGUCACAGAUGUGUUCUCAACAACUUCGACUGAGUAUGAUACUACAACUUUGACUGUCACCCCUGAUGACAUCACCUCAACUAUUUUUGUGACCGCGCCGAUCACAGUCACCACCACCUCAACCAUUGCAGCCUCUGAUGCUUUAACUCCUAUCGUGGACACUCUGACCACCACUACCGCCAUCGCUUUGAAGCGAUCCUUCGAACCCUCCCUGGACAGUGACUGCUCCCCCAUCCUGGAUGAUUACAGGUACGCCCAAGAGGUUGUCUGCCAUGAGAAGAUCAUCCUCAAGACCACGACAAUCUCAACUGUGACCGAGGCUCCCGCCACUGCCACCGCUGCUGCUGCUUCUACCACCGUGACAGAGACCAGUACCAUCACCACUAGCUCCGUGGUCGUUCCCGAUGAUGUCUCCACCACACUCAGCUACAGCACUACUUCCACCAUUACCGAAACUUCCACCGCAGAUGCUGUGACGGAUACUGUGACCUCUACUACGACCGUAACGGCUGCCGUUAGCACGACCUCCGCCUACGCUGCAUGCGCUACCAACAAUAUCGCUGGCGCUCCUCUUUCCUCGGACUAUGGCGGCUUGGCAGGAGAGUACAUCUACUCGUUGUCCUGGGGUACCGUUCCCGGUUACAGCUUGUCCGUGACUGCCUCAACCUCCGCUGAAGCUUGCUGUAUCAGCUGCCAGGAAAAUUCGGCUUGUGCUUUCACUUUCUAUUACGAAUUUUCCACCACCGCAUACUGCUACAUGAUCAAGACAACCACCUGCUCCUCGUCUUCUACCUAUGGCUAUGCUUCUGUGGGCUCCAGUGAAUUGACAUAUUCUUUCCAGGCGUCCAAUGGAAACUGUGGCCAGUUGAGAAAAGCUUCCUGA